AUGUCUUCAUCAUCACUUGAAGACGAGUCGAUCGCAAAGGUUGAGUGGGCCACGGCCGAUGGCAAGCUGCAGAUCCGGUUCGGAACCGGCAUGCCUGGCGGAGGCACAACAACGAACGAGGUGCGGAUGAGCUUGAGCGAAACGUCUGGCGAGCGCGGCCUGCAGUUCUCGAACCAGAUCCGGCAGAGCGUCCGGUCGUCGGGUACUUUGCUUGACCGACUCGAGGUCCUUCGCUCGCGGGUAAUAUUCCCGUUCAUUCACGUCCGCUCUUCUGAGCUGCCAAGAAAGGGUGUCAAGCGGCUGCUGGUGUGGCGGCUGGAGCACCCUGAUAGCAAUCCAGUGGAAAAGUGUGCCCGCUGCCCGCCGCUUGCGCUGCUCCUCUUCCGACACCAGUUCCGCAAAGGCGGGCAGGAGGUGCGCCAUCUCGGCCAUCCGGUUGGCGCAUGGGACAACGGCCUGCCUGCCCGAGUGGCCGAGCUGGCGUCGGACGCAGUCCUGCCCGGCGACGAGACAUCCGAGGGCCAGUCGAUUGAGGGCGCAGGCAAGGCCGAAGCUGUCUUUUCCCACUACGUUGGGAAGGAUAUCGCUUUUCCCGCCGUGGUCUUUGGCUCGUGCCUCGGACGGUCGGUUCGCGCCUUUGCGGCGUCGAUUCAGUGCAACUCGCACUUUCACUCUAACCUGCCGUUUGUCCUCCGUGUUGGCUAUGUCGACGUCGACAUGAAGACGUGUGCCGUCGUUGGACACUCGUAUGUCGACCUCGCGCCGAUCUUCUCGGUCUCCAAGUUUGAACGCGACAAGGUCCGCUCGCGCAAGCGCAAGCGGUCAGCCGCCAAGCCGUCGCCGACUGUGUCCGCUCUGGGAAGCAGCGAGGGCGGCUCAUCAACGUCGUCGAACCCGUCGUCGGAGAACUCGCACGAGAGCAAGCGCUCACGGCUGCUGCUGGAAAAGGAGCUGGCCCAUCUGCGCAAUGUUGUCCAGUACCAGGACGGCGUCAUCAAGUACCUCUCGAUGAACAACCCGUCGUACCCGCAACCGCCGCCGACUAGCUUGAGCCUCGGCAUGUCGUCGGUCGGAGCGAUGUCGUCGUUCGGCGGACCCUCCGCAGGUGGGCCUAUGCUCACCGGUAGCUCGGCGCUCAUGCAGCAGCAGGUGUCGACGAUGUACCCGCAGCAGCCGCACGUCGGGAAGGCGAGCUCGUCGAUGCCGACACCCGCCGCCAUUUCCUCCGGCACGUUUGCCGGUGGCGAGCCUCAUGACCUCGCAUCCGACAAUGGUGAUAAUGGCGACGGCGGCGACAACCUUGCUGUCAACGACAGCUUCGCGCAGCUGCAGCAAGUCCAGCAGCGCAUCCAGCAGAUGCAGCAAAUGCAGCAAUUGGCGCAAGCUCAGCAGAUUCAGCAGCUGCAGCAGCAGCAGAGCCAGCAGCUCGCCCGCAACCAGCAGCUCCAGCUCCAGCUCCAGCAGCAGCAGCUGGGUCUCUCCAUGAUGCCGCGGCCGCCGUACCAACACCAUCCAGGUGGCCGUUAG